AUGUCUUUGAAACAGGAAAUCGAGACUUGGGUUUCUGCCCUUAAUCGUUACGAUAAUAAUGAAUUUGAUGAAGCCUUAAAGGAGUUCGAUGUUAUUGCAGAUACUUCGAAGAUUCUUUUCAAUUGUGGUGUGAUUCAUGCGACAUUGGGAGAACAUGAGAAAGCGGUCGAAUGUUAUCAAAAAGCCGUUCGUCUGGAUCAAUACCUGGCCGUAGCAUAUUUCCAACAAGGUGUUUCGAAUUUCUUGGUUGGAGAUUUCGAGGAAGCUUUGGCAAACUUCAAUGAUACUUUACUAUAUCUGAGAGGAAACAACAUGAUCGAUUAUGCCCAGCUCGGUCUUCUCUUCAAGCUAUAUUCAUGCGAAGUGCUAUUUAAUCGUGGAUUGUGUUACAUAUAUUUACAACAAAAGGAAGCCGGACUACAGGAUUUCUCUUUCGCUGUAAAAGAGAAGGUUGUUGAGGAUCACAAUGUUAUUGAUGAGGCAAUUCGUGAUGAAGCAGAGGGUUAUACCGUUUUCUCUAUUCCCGUUGGAGUGGUCUAUAGACCUAAUCAAGCCAAGGUCAAGAACUUGAAGACAAAAGAUUAUCUGGGAAAAGCACGUUUAGUUGCAGCUUCAGAUCGUGCUAAUGCUUUUACUGGAUUUGCUGGUUCAGAGAUCAAGAACGCGGGUAUAAUACAACCGAAGGACGACCGUCCAACAGAGAAUCUUUCAUACGCUGCGGCGAAUCUCGUAAAGCCAGGUCUGGCUAGUAAGAGGCAACAAUCAGAACCUCCUCUAAAUCGAAACGUAUUCCCACCCACGCCACCUCCUGAGUCAGAGAAAUCAUCUGGACCUCCACCUAUGAGUCGUGGAGCUUCUGUUCGUAAUGGACCUAAACCCAUGCUAGCUAAACUCAAUAUCGAAAAAGCACGUCCAAAUGAAGGAUAUGAGAUUCGUGAGCGUGACGAUGUGAGAAGUCCUCCGGAUGCAAGAAGCCCACCAGAUGCAAGAAGUCCUCCAGAUGCUCGACCUAGACGUGGAACUCAACGAACAGCAUCAGAACCAAGAGGGCCAUCAAUGCAAUAUUCCAAUAAAAGAUCCGAAUCGCGCUCAAGACAACCACCAAGAAGGAUGCAACCAACUCAAGAGGAAGAUGAUUAUCCUGAAGAUCUUUAUGAUAUGUAUAGUUCCCCAAAUCGACGAUCGAAUAACUCGAGACGCAAUACACGAAAUAGAUAUAAUGAAGGAGAAAGUGAAUAUGCAAGCGAUUACGAUGAAGGAUCUUUUGACGAAGACGAAUUCGAAAUGGUCUCUAGUCGCCCACCUCCUAGAUCCCGUACCACAUCUUCAAUCAAUGGUGGAAAUGGACGAGCUGGUUCUCGCCAACCCGAUGUUCGCAAAGUUCGUGUAAAGGUCCACGCGGAGGAUGUACGAUAUAUUAUGAUAGGAUCGGCGAUCGAAUUCCGCGAUUUUCAAGAAAAAAUAAAGGAGAAGUUUGGCUUGCGUGAUCGAUUCAAGAUUAAAGUUCGUGAUGAGGAUGUUCCGAAUGGUGAUAUGAUUACUAUGGGUGAUCAAGAUGAUUUGGAAAUGGUUUUAAUGAGCGUGAAAUCGAACGCAAAGAAAGAACGUUUAGAAAUGGGAAAAAUGGAAAUUUGGGUAGUUAAGGCGUGA